ACCUGCAAGCACUACUAUGAGACCACGAUGAGCGAGUGGCUGGCCGUGGAGGCGAUUGUGCGGCAGCGCGAGAAGGAGAAGACGGCCCUGGCGGUGGCCAAGCUGAGCGCCGAGCAGGCACAGCUGGCCAAUGCCAAUGCCAAUCCGCACGCCUCAAGCGCUCUGCUGACCAAUGGCAACGGGCAGCUGGAGCUGGACAGUGGCGGCGGCUUGGCCGAGGGCGAGAACGAUGUGUUUGAUGAUAAUGACUUUUCGGACAUAUCCGAUCCGGGCGAUGAGUACGACGAGCAGCCACUGAAUGAGGAGCAGCCCGCGCUGGAGGCUGAGCAGCCGGCGUCAGUGGCAGAGGAAAAAGAAGCCGAGGAGGAGGAAGCAGAAGAAGAGGGAGUAGAAGAAGGCGAAGAGGCAGCCGAGCUGCCGGCACAGCUGAGCAGCCAGGUGGUGCUGGAGUUUCAGAACAUUGAUGAUAUGGAGCCACUGCGUUUGCAUGACAACUGCUUCGGCGACUCCGAGGCCGAGGGCGAUCUAGGUUUCAGUCUGGACGGCAGUGGCAAUAUCCUGAUGCUGAGCAUCAAGAGCUCACCCUCGACCAGCAGCUACGAGACGGUGGGCAACGAGUUUGCCGAUCUAACGGAUGCCAAGGUCCUGGACGAGGCAGAGCUGGAGCCCGAAGCGCCAGUCAAUGUGGAUGUGGAUGUGGAUGAGGAAAUGGCCACUGAUGUGGAGACGGAGCCGAACGGGCAGCUGAGCAAAUUUCAUAGCGCCGACGAUGUGCGCCACGAUGAGGAGCAUCCAGCAACAUCAGUCAUUAUCACCGAGGCCGCCUCACUGGACGACCUGGACGUGCAAUGCAACGACGACGAGCCCACCGAGGAGUUUACCUCACGCAAAACCAGCCUCAUGUCGCCCCUGAACGAGGACAUCACCGUCGUCGCCUCGCUGGAUGCGCUGCAGGAGCCAAAGUCUGCCUGCGUCUCACCGGCCAGCUCCAAUGGCGGCGUCUACAGCGUGGAGCUGCUGGAGCAGUUUGGCUUGAAUCUGCACCGGAUCGAGAAGGAUGUG